UGCAUGCAGCAAGCAGGCAAGCAAGCAGCCACCCACGCCCUGGCCGCCUCCCACGCCAGGAACUGCGUCACGGGUCCUGUGUGGGAGGGAGACAGAGAGCGAGAAAGAGAGAGAGAGCCUAGCUGUGUAGCAAGAGCGGAAUAUCCCAACCCAGCCUCAAGCGGAGGGGGGGUGGAUGUGGGGUGAUCGCUCAGCCUCCCGCGACUUGCAUGUAAAGACAAGUAGAGACACCCCCACGCCUGGCUUUUACCGGAGUUCUAGAACACUGCUCUCUGUUACAAAGUAUCAGCAGCCUGAGCUGAGCUAGGAAGGGAAGGGGUAGCAGGUAUCACUUGGAUGGGGCAGAAGUUCUGUGAAUAGGGAUUCUGGCAGUAAACCUGCAAGUUCAGGGCUGAGCAUCAUAAAAGUAAGUGUGUGGAUCUAUAUACUUCUAUCAAUGGCAACACUUGAGUCUGCACAGCAGUUAUUGUUAUCACAGCUGGAGAUGGGCUGUUAUAUUGAAUGCAUGGACAAUAAGAUGUAGAACUUGAGCACAGGUCUGAUAAUCAGUGCUCACACUCAGCCUGCUAGCUAGUACUACUAGUACUAAGUUAUAGAGUUUUAUAAGUUGAUAGGUGUGUGUAUAUUGAAUUAAAUACAAAUACAUAAGAAGUAGGACUCGUUGUCAGGGGAUUAAAUAAUAUUUAUAGUGAUCUGUUCUGGUUUUGUGUAUCUAUUUCUGUUUUAAGUAAGAUCCUAUAUUGGUCAUUUUAUUUCUUCUACGAUCUAUAGUACUGAUGCAAGAACAAGGUAAUUAAACUACCGAGCGUAUUUAGUAACAAAUAAUAAAAUAGUAUAAAACCUGAUUUUCCCAACUUUAAUUCUAGUGAUGACGUAAAGGGAUGACAUGCCAUAAUCCAGUGACUGUGACAUUUAUAAAUCUAUCAAUUUUAAAAUCAAUGCAAGGCUGACAUGCAUUAAUAGUCAUGUAGAUUGUACAUUGCGUGAUCUGAAAUACUAGCAGAAUUUAAAGGAUAUAUAUUAAAGGGGUCUUUUAUAAUCAGACUUUGGCUUUCUAUUUCUACAUAAUGCUAGUAAAACCUCAUUUGAAAACACUACGAGCAUAAUAAAUUAUUUUUUUUUAAACUUUUAUUUGUGUAUCUACCCUUUCUGUAAAUAAAUCGUUUUGAAUGAAAAAAAAAAUAUUGGUUCAUAUUGUGUAUAUAAGUAUUGAUGUGGGCAAGUAUUUUUGUUAACAGUAUAAUAUAUUAUUAUGCAACGUUUCAGCAGCGCUGUACAAUGUUCGUAUUACAGUAAUGUGGAUUAUAAUCAGUAGCUUUGUAAUUUGAUACUUAUGAAGUGAAUCUGUCAUUAGGUUGUAACAUUAGACAAGUUGAAAUGAGCUUUUGCACAGUUUUUCACAGGGAACUGCAAGUCUGCAUACGGAAGUGUAUUUACAGCUGAGACAUGGCAUGUUUGUAUUAUUCGUUUAGCAUAAGCAAUGCUGUAUGUUUUAGACAUUAGGUUUCUAAUUGUAAUGGCUUGUUUUCAAUAACUAUCAGCAUGUGGAAUAUAUAAAAAGUGAUUACUGUACAGAGCUGUGACGUGUACUUCAUAAUUGCUUUCAAAGUUGAAUCUUAUAUUAUAAUGUAUUAAUUGAUCAUGGGUUUCUUGUUACAUUCUACCAUUUUAAUCGCCCUUAUGUUUUCUCAUAAAGUAGAACUGUGAUGUCUUCAUUUCAGUGUUUACUAGUCUUUUUUCAAAUCGAGUAUGAAAAAUUAUAUAUUUUCAUGCUUGUACCCCUAAUAACAUCCUUUCAGUUAUUAUUAUUAUUAUUGCCAUUUAUAUAGCGCCAACAGAUUCCGUAGCGCAUUACAAUAUUAUGAGAGGGGAGAAUCAAGUACUACUAAUAAACUAGCAACACUGGUGAGUUUGCCAUUCGGUACAUCAGAUAGCACAGAAUGUGGAAUUAGUGCUGUUUAAAAAUUUGAAAUGCUUUAAUAUAUAGGGGAAUCAAAAUAGCUAUUCUCCCGGUGAAACACUUUCAAAAUUAAAAUAUUAACAGAAAAUUACUGAUAAGUUGUCAAUGUGGUUGUUUUGAAAAGUUGUACUUCGAAGUUCCUAUCACUGAUUGGAAUAGUAUGAAAGUUGAAUUAUGAUAACAUUUCACAAUAACAAGCAUGCUCUGUAUGUGCAGGAAUUAUCCACUGAAUUAUAUAGAACUGAAAAUAGAGAAUAGUGGCAGAGUUAUACACUAAAGGGAAAAUUCAAAGAUCAUUUCUAAUUCAUGGAAAAAUAGCAGAACUGGAAACCUGCUUCUACUUUAUUCUACUUUGGCCUAAAAUUUGAAUUUCACUCUGAAUUGACUUUGAAUUUUCACUUCAGCGAAUAACCCUGUGAGUUUUAGGCCAAUAUGGAAAAAUUCUCUAACAAACCUAUUUUUAUGUUUGUACGUUGGGUUUUGCACAGUUCAUGUUUUAGUGAAUAACCUCACUCCUCUUCAUGUGAUUUUUCAUAUGAACGUGGUGGAAAGAAUUGAUCAUGGGGUUAUUCAGUGGACUCCAGAAUAUUAAAAGGGGAACUGCAAAAAUUAGAUCUCAGUAGUCAACCUGAAAAACAUCAUAGUUAAAUGAAUAAUUCUUCCAGUCCAACUUUUGUGGUCUACAAAUUACCUAAAUGUGUCAUUCCCAUUACAGUUUUCCACAAUUUUCAAUAUACUGAGUAAACCCUGUGGCUUUCACUGAAGUUUUCUACAGCCAGAAGUGUGUCCUGUUGCACGUUCCCAAGCAUAUCAGUAAGCAGUCACUGUUUAGUAGAUCAGUAGCAUCGGUUACAUUAUAGUAGCUACAGAUUUCUAUUUACUGGUAAUUUGUCUGAUCAGGAAUACCAGAGACAACUGUACAGUAUUCUAAUGCUUAUUAUUGAAACACUUGGACUUUUCCAUAGUUCUUGUACACUUAUUUGGGAUUAUUAACUAAACUGUGAAUUGUCCUUAAUUUAGUAGCUAAUUGCAAGUUAAAUGGAACACUAUAGGGUAACAAACACAAACAUGUAUUCCUGACCCUAUAGUGUUAAAAACACUAUCCAGCCCCCCCUGACCCACCCUUGUUCCCCUAUACAGUAACAUCUUACCUUUAUUCCAGUCUGCUGGUGCUGGCUCUGCCCCUGAUCUGUCUCCUUGGAUGACAUCAUCAGAAGUGAUGCUCUUAGCCAAUCGCAAUGCUUUCCCUUAGGAAAGCUCUGGAAUGGCUGAGAUUGUCAAUUCUGAUGAUUUCAGCCAAGGAGGCGAAGCAGGCACGGAGCCAAACACCUCGCUGGCCAAACAGCUUCUCUUCAUAGAGAUGCAUUUAAUCAAGUUCAGUGUCUCUAUGCAGUGGGUGGAAACACUGGCUGUCUGCCACACUGCCCCAGGAAGCACCUCUAGUAGCCAUCUAAGGAGUGGCCACUGGAGGUGUCUCUAGGCUGUAAUGGAAACACUGCCUUUUCUCUGACCAUGUUUACUGCAAAAAGCCUGCAAGAACUGACUAUACUCACCAGAACAACUACAUUAUGCCGUAAUUGUUUUGGUGGUUAUAGUGUCCCUUUAAGGCCAAAUUUAUCAAGCAGGAUAUACAAUUGAGCUAGAUACAUUUUUUCAGUCUUACUCUUUUGUUCUACAAAUCAUUAGUGAAUUUCAUAGUUUAGCGAAUAGCCCACUUAGCGUUUCUCCAAGGUUAUGUAGAUUAUGGCUAAUAUUUUCCCUAAUGUUACUUAAAUCCAGUCUUAGGCAAUGGUAACACUCUAGUACAUAGCUGAUCUGUAAACCAGUAUUGGACAUUAUAUUCUGUUUUCAGUAUUCUUUUUGCCAUUUCUAUAUCAUUUGCACAUUUACAGCUGGAAGUCCCUCCGAGGAAAGGAAUGUGCCAUCACUGUAAUUAUAGUCUCAGUUAAUCAAUAACCCUAAGAACAGUAUCAGCAGGGUUGCCACAGACAAUAGUGUGGUGCUUUUGUGAUUGAAAUGGAGUCUGAUGCUUCUUAUUGAUGGAAAAUGAGUCACUGCAUACGGUGAAUCCAAGUACUUUUUAAAAAGGAAAACCUUUUUUCCCCCUCUUUAAUUGUAUUUUUCUGUAACACUCGACUGCAUGACACACUACCAUAUAUAAAGUGGAUUUCUUUCCAACCACUCUAUAGAUACGAUCUGCUUCAGGUAGCGAAUUAAAGGAACAACAUAAUGAUAUGACCACCCAUUUAAUGCAUGAUUAUAUUGAUUAUUUAUGUCUUUAAUGUGUGUCACCUACUAAGCGUUUCUCCUUUAAUAAAUAGAAUACAUGCUCUGAUUUCUAAAAUACUGUUUGGCAAUCUAGCAAAAGCUAUAAUAUAGGUUAUAAAUAUUUUAUUCAUGUCCUUACAAACUUGAAACCACUGAUCUCAACUUUUCUCAUUGAGUAUCUUUUCAUUUACUUCAGAGUUUUACUCCUCUGAACUGGCUGACUGACAUAACUUGUAACUUCCAACCAAUCUUACUCCUUUUCCAAAUGCUGAAGCCAUAGUGAGACUACGUCAUCCAUAAACACUCCCCAGCCCACUAACACUGGCCACAAAUAUACCACCCAUUCUAUCUUGACAUUACUACCGAAGUCCUGACUCCAACUUUCAUAACACCUUCCUGCUCCGUAUACACACCCCUUAAUACAAUCGGUCAGCUACCACUCCACACCGUUUUUUUUACUGCCACUCCACCUUGCCUAUACACGCUUCACAAAACUUUUGUGAAUUUGGCCCAUGUACUGUAAUUCCCCUACUUCUAGUCCCAGGUGUUUUAACAGUACCUUGAACUGACAGGAUAAAUUACUUAUACUUACAUUGGUUUUAAGCAGUAUAAUAACAGUUACCAUAUUUAUUUUGUUGUGCUCUGAAACUGCAAUGUUUACAUUGCAGCACUAAGACAGUGUCUAGUGGCUGUCUACUACAGGUGCUUCUGGGAUUUUAUAGGCCUUUUUGUCACCUGACGCUGGAUGUGCUUACGCUCUGCAUGAGGACAUCCAGUGUCAGCUAAAUCACCAUAAACAAGCAGUGCUUUCCUAUGGGGAGAGACUGAUGUACUCACAGCGCUCACUGCGCAUGCGCAUUAGGUCCUCCUGUCUGAUGUAUUCUAAACACUAUAGAAUCCCUUUAGACCUGUACAGCAGCAGUAAAUGGCAAAAGUAGUUCAGUUGUUACAAGUAACUUUAUUUAUGAAAAACCUUAGUAAGCUAUGUGAGAAUCUCCAUUCUUGUGCCUUGUUUUAGCUAUGAAUAAACCCUGUGGCUCUUUAUGCUCAUGGCUGCUUUACAGUCUUUAUCAAAGAAAGCAGUGAGAUAGCCUGUUCAAAGGCGAACAUACAGAAUUCUGUAUGGGCAUACUCUCCCUGUGACAUCACAGAGUAGUAGGGAAUGAGAAUGUAGCUGCUUCUUAUUUUGCAAAAUGGUUAUGGUCUUUUGUGCUUCAAAUACAGUGUACAGUAUUUACCAGAUAACAAGUGCAAACAUUGUAUUAUAUUCUUUCCUGAAAUUUUAUCUUGUCUAGUGAUUUGCCUGAACAUUUGUGCACACACUUUUCUUUAAUCACCAUUCCUUAUAGUAUUCCCUUGACAUUGCAUUAUGGGAUCAUGAGUGGUGUACUGUCUAUUCACACACAGUGCACGGGCAUGUUAACAGUUAAUAUAUAUAAAUAUAUAUAUAUAUAUAUUGCUAUCCCAGCAGUAAAGUGAUUUAUAUAUACUGGAAACGUCAGAUAGCAAUAUAUCUUUAUCAGUACUUACAUUGUUCCUUGCAAUUUAAAUUUGCUAAAAAAAAUGUGCACUCUGGGACGUAUUCACUAAACAAAAUCUAGUGAACUGUUGCUGAAAAUUAGCAUAUCUUAAAGUGAUUUGAAUUGGUCAUGGUGCCUGGAUUCUGUAUGUGCAGAGUGUUCCUAUGAAAUGGUGAACAAACGGUGAUUAACCCAUCUGCUGCAUAAAAUGUAACUCCACCUAUGGCAGCGUCAUUGGGGCAUCAUAAAUCAGUUCAGAACAAGAAUUCCUGGUGGCUAAUGUAAACUCUGUGCAAAUUUGGCAAUAGUGGGCUGCAGGGAGAACUUGGCCUCAGUGCUGGAAUUGAGGAAAGUUUUGUUUCUCUCUUCUUUCCUUGUUCCUUUGUUUCUUUCCUCUGAUCAAACACAGGGUUUCCGUCAAAUACUGUUUUUUUUUGAAUAACCCUUUUAAGCCAUAAUAGCCAAAUUAGUACAAUUCCUUGAAGUCUAUUGUUGUUUUCCCACCUCUACCAUUUGUAAGUACCAAUUCUUCAUAAAAGUUGUUCAGAGUAUACAAACACCAAAGUCUGUGGUGUUUACAUUGCAAAUCAGUUAAUAUUUAUAAAUCCUUUCUUAUUAGUGUGGUGUAAAUAUUUGCACAAUACCUGUAAUUAUUGACCAGAGAAACAUCUUCCCUCUCUUAAAGGUAGGGAGGUUGCAUGGACUUAAAUACAAAUGAUAAAUGGUAAUUUGUGUGUGUGUGUGUGAGAGAGAGAGAGAGAGAGAGAGAGAGAGAGAGAGAAUGUGUGUUCGUCAGUUCGUGUCAAAUCAGUGAGAAUGUCAGUGACUGUGUCUGUCAGUGUGUGUUGAGUGAGUGUGUGCAUGUGUGUGUGUGUAUCUGUCAGGCGAUGUGUGUGUAAAUGUGUAAUUGUUCUCUGUGUGUGUCUGUCAGUGAGUGUGUCCUCUGUGUAUACAUGUGUGUGACAGUGUAAUCUGUGUGGAACUAUUAUUUGUGUCUUUUAUUUUCAUUUUGUAACUUUUAUACUUCAGAUUAAUAGUUCAUACACUCCUCCUUACAUACACAAUAUUCACAUUGUGUCAUAUAUUUAUUUUGUAAAAUAUUUUUUUCUUCCUUUUAUCAGGUUUGUUUUCCAGGUUAACAUAAAUAUCAGUGUCUACAUGUUUCAUUUGGAACUGAAAUCAAUAGAAAUUACUUUCUCGUGACAGGGGUUUUACACCUGCAGGGUUACUUCCCCUUGAAAAGUCGAGAAGCACUGAUUUAAAAUAAGUCUUUUAAAAAACUUAACAUAUAUCCAAUGCUCCCAGACCAGUAUGAGAGGCUCCUAACAGAUUGAAGCUUCUUAUUCUGGUCUAUAGGGUUUGAUCUAAGGGGGAAUGAGAGUGGGCUCAAAGUAUCUGCUGUUUGCAGUAAUUUAAAGCUACAGUUCUAUAAAAGGAUGAGUUUAUUUUAUAAUGGUUUUCCUAUAAGGUAGAAUAUGUUGCACCAGUCUAUCGGUAUGAAACAUGCACAUUUUCAUGCAAUAGGACUAUUAUUGUGAAGCUACAGAGAAAUAAUGAAUGCGUUCAAUAUGACCGCUUCGGUACAAUAAAAUUGCUGUCAGCAGAAGGUGCCCCUAUUUCUGAGACAAUACAGUUUGUUAAAAUACAUCCAUCUGCAAUGUUUGAUUUUGUAACAAAGCUCUUGGUAAUUACAGUGUGUUCUAGUAACACCUGGUACCAGAAAAAUAUAUUAUGUGUAUUAGGUAAUGUGUGGGAGUAACUAGUAAGGGAAAAUCCACAUACAGAAUAUGACUUCUCACCCUCUCUUUAUACCCACAAUUUAUGUCAUAGAUAAGUCUUAACUGUUUGUGCCGGGAGCCUUAAUCCAACCAUUUAAAGGAAAACUUUAUUUUUUAUUAUGUUUUUUCUUUUAUAUGUGCCAUAUAUUUAUAGUGAAGAUUACAUUUUUUUUUUACCUCGUGUUUUUUUCUUAAAUCUUUUGCAUAAUCAAUCUAUGGACAUUCACAGAGGAAGCAAGUACAGAGAAAAUAUUUGCUUAUGAAGCAUGGUUUCCAGGCUUUCUUCCUCACUGCUACUUAAUCAGCAACAAAAAGAGAGUGGUUGAAAAUGUUUCAGGCGAUCCGUGCUCUGCUGCAAAAACGUAUGGGGUAACAUUAUUCAUGCAUAUGAUGUCACUUCCAUGUGAUGUGACAUCACAAAAGUUUGUGCAUGUUUAAUACUUUUUAAAUGGUUUUGUUUUAGUGAUUAGUUUUUUCCACAAUAUAGUUUUUGCUUUAUUAAAACAAAUAUAUUCUCUCAAUUUCACCCUGCCUUUAAAUUCCUCAUUUUGCUACAGUUGAACAGCUGUGUACUUUUGUCAACUUAAAGCAUUAUCUUAUCGCCCAAGAGCCACUGGAAACUAAUUAAAGUGUCUACUUGUGCCUUCAAAAACGACUAUAAGAAAUAACCUUGUCUUUAAAGGCACCUGUAGUGCCCAAAACAUCUUUAGCUUUUAAAAGAGCAUGCAAUUCUAUACAUUGUGCUAGCAGAUUUGCUAUCAAAUGUGUACAUUGACAUAAUAAGUAAUUUAUCCUGUCAGUUUAGGAUUCAGAAUGGAUUCAAGGUACUGUUAAAACACUUUGGACUACAAGUAGGGGAAUUACAGUGCACUGCCGAGAAAUUGAUUGACAGGGAGAGAAGAAAAGACCUCCCACAGGAAGUCCAUCUGUUCUCAUGCGCUGUGGUAGUUAUGGAAACCUAGCCAUCAGGGGUGAUAUCACUUGGUUUAGAUGCUGGCUAAGAAGCCAGUUCAGACGCUGGCAAGGAAGCCACUGAGGAGGUUUGCCCUGCAUGGGGAGGUGUCCUCAAGCAGGACAAAUAAGUGAUCGUUGGAGGGGGAGUGCGGGUGGACUGGAGAGCAGCAGAGGAGGAGUGGGGGUGGACCUCCUUAAUGUGAUCUCGGCAGGGGAGUGGACGCCUAGGUAAGGGGCUACAGGUUCCGUUUACCGUAGCUAAAUUUACCGUUGGUUCUAUUUUGGAAAAAAAAGAAAUAAUAAAAAUGACAGAUUUAGCUGGAUUGUGAUGAAGAAUAUGUAACAAAACAUUAAAGGGACACUCCAGGCACCCAGACCACUUCUGCUCAUUGGACUGGUCUGGGUGCCAACUCCCACCACCCUUAACCCUACAAGUGUAAUUAUUGCAGUUUUUAUAAACUGCAAUAAUUACCUUGCAGGGUUAAGUCCUCCUCUAGAGGGACUUCUGUGUUCUUAGAACAUGAAAGGUGUUUUAAACAACGCUGGAUGUCCUCCCGCUAUGUGAGGAGCUCCAGCGUCAACCGAAAUACCCUUAGGAAAGCAUUGACUAAUGCUUUCCUAUGGGGAGGUCUAGUGCGCGUUAGGUCUCCCCCACCGGCUGACGUCGGCGGGGGAGGAGAGUAGGCGGAGCCUGACUCAGCGCCGAGGGACAUCGGCGAUGGACUCAGGUAAGUCACCGAAGGGGUUUUAACCAUUUCAGCAACAUGGAAUGGGGGGUGGGAGAAAGAGGGGCACUGCAGUACCAGGAAACCGGCUAUGUUUUCCUGGCACUGGAGAGUCCCUUUAAUAAGCCAGUUAAUAUGUUCUUGUCCAGAAUAUCAAAAAACAAAGCAACAAACAAAACACAUUGUUGCUCCCAUUGGUUAACAUAAUGAUAAACUACUGUUAAAGGAGCACUAUAGGGUCAGGAACACAAACAUGUAUUCCUGACCCUAUAGGGUUAAAACCACUAUUUGGCCCCCUUUGCCUCCCUAACAAUAGUAAAAUGUUACUUGUAUUCAAGUCUGAAGCUGGUGCUUCAGACUUGAACUUCAGGCUGUGAACUUCCUCUGACAUCAUCAGAAGUGGUGGCCUGAUCCAAUUCACCAUAAAAGUGGCUGAGACUGACAAAGAGGAAGAUCAGGGGCAGAGCCAGCACAAGUCAAACACAGCCCUGGCCAAUGAGCAUCUCCACAUAGAGAUGAAUUGAAUCAAUGAAUCUGUAUGAGGAAAGUUCAGUGUCGUGUCUGCAUGCAGAGGGUGAAGACACUGAAUGUUUGGAUGCAUUUUAGCAUCUGUGGAGUAGCCAGUGAAGUUAUCACUAGGCUGUAAUGUAAACACUGCAUUUUCUCUGAAAAGACAGUGUUUACAGCAAAAUGCCUGAAGGUAAUGAUUCUACUCACCAGAACAAAUUCAAUAAGCUGUAGUUGUUCCGGUGACUAUAGUGUCCCUUUAAAAAACAUUUAAAGGAACACUACAUGCACCAUAUCUAAUACAGCCUGCUGUAGUUACCUGUGCCCUGCUGGGCAUUCGUGCUGCUUCCAGCCCUUUCCAGGUAGAGAAGGCGGAUGUCACUGCUUAGAGCUGAUCAGGGCUAUAGGCACUGUCUGACAGUGUCAGCUGAGCCCUCUCAGCCAAUAAACAAAGUCCUGCAUCGGUUAUUCUGUAGAGCAAUCCAGCUACUCCUACAGAAGAAGACCGUAUGCAUUGUGGCCAGAAGUGGUUAUGGUGCUUAGUUAUUCCUUAAAUCAGGUUUAGACAGCUUUUAAAUCUUCUGAUGUUGUGGACUACAUCUCCCCUGAACAUUUGCCAGCAUUCUGGCUGUAAGAACAUGGGAGGUGUAGUACAGAACCUGAAUGUGCUGAAUGUUGUCUACCUCCGCUUUAACUCCUUCAUGUCAGCACUCAUGUACACUGUUACCAAGGUCUGCAUCCAUACCCCACAAUCAUGUGUAUACGAUUAAAAUCAUUGCUCAUGAAAUGUGUUCAUUGCAGCCAAAUUUUGUUUGCAAUUAUUGUGCUAAUAGCAGACCCGGCGCUAGCUUUCAAUCACUGACUCUGCUAAGCUUCCCCAAAGUUUCCCCGCGAAGCACGGGCCAGUAGGGAGAUCUAGAGAUCUCACUGUGCAGACUGCCCUUGCGAGGAGCGCAGCGAUCAGAAAAUGCUUCCUUCUGGUCAGAGCGCGCAAGGGGGCAUCCCAAGGGGUCUGCUCUCAGCCAGAGGGCAGUUUCAGCUAGCAGACCACCAGGGAAACCAGAUACACCAGACCACCAGGGAAUAGCAUCACAGUAAAAAGGUAAGCUGCAGUGGGCCUUAGCUAAAAAUAAGUAUAAAAAAACAAGCACUGUGUGGGGAGGCUGUGCACGGAACUACAACAACCUCCCCACAGACAAUCUACUUCUCCCAUGGGGGGAAGCUGUCACAUCACCCCCACUCUGACACACAGUCACCUUGUCACAUCACCACCUCCCCACACAUUUAUUCACCCUGUUACAUCACCCUUCCCUCCCAUACAUAUCCAGUCAUCAUGUCACAAAACCCUCUCCCCCAUACACACUCACUCACCCUGUCACAUAACCCCAUCCCCCAAACAUGCUCCGUCGCUGUCAUAUCACCUCCUCCCACACUCAAUCACCCUGUCACAUCACCCCUCCUCCAGACACACACCCACACACACACAGUUACCCCACACACUAAAGCCUCACACACAGACACACGUGUCACACCUCCCUCCACCCCCAUCCCAACAAGACUUUGGAACAUUUUCUUACAAUGAGCUAUUGGACUGUAAAUUGAAAUAAAAUGGCCAUUGAGGGUGCCAUUGUAUAAUCCAACUAGAGGUGUGUUUAGGGUGGGUGGGACUGUUUAGGUGACCUUAUAACUUACUGGUAGCUAAUUUUAUAACAGAGUCAGUUAUUCAGGACAAUAUAAGAUAAUUUUUUUUAAGUUAAACACCUUUAUUGACAAAGUGGGAUUCUCCUGAGGUAUGAACAUGGCCAGUGAUGAUAUCUGAAGCAUUUUCUAUCUUAGGAUGGGCAAUAUCAUCACAAACCUUUAAAUUUCCUCCCAUCACUCCCUCUUCAAACAGAAAAAGUGUAAAUAAACUCCAAUGAUUUUUUUAAACAAAUUUUUAUUAUUCUGCCUGCACGUCGACAUUUAACGUCCAAAUAAAUGUGACGUUUACUGUAAUAUAACUCCAAAGCAUUGAUUUUGAGCACACAACUAUAAAAAGUUAUAUUAAAGGGACACUAGAUAGUGUUUUUAACACUAUAGGGUCAGGAAUACAUGUUUGUGUUCCUUUAAUACUGAAUUAAAGAGAUUUGCUCCAUUACAAGAUUACAGUUUGCUGUAUCUCUUCUAGUCCCCUAGAAUCAAAGAAAAAGGUCUGUACCUACAGUAUCAAUAUAAUAUGUUUUAAGAACACAUUUUCAAGGACUGUGGUAUAUAGUGUAUCGGCUGGUUAGAGCAGUGGUAACGUCACAACACACCUAACGAUCUAUAUCUGUCUACCUCAAAUCGUCAUAGAUUGUAAGCUGGUUUGAGCAGGGACUCCUUCACCUCUUCCCCUUUCUAUAAUUGUAAAGCAUUGCGAAAUAUAUUCAAAGGCUAAUAAUAGUAAUAUCAUAUGUAUUUCAUGCGGAAAUGAAAAUGUAGUUCAAAAACGCUCUUUAUUUACUUACCUAAUGCAGAACAGUUUCUUUUCAAUGAAGCAAUUACUGGGGUAGAUAGUGAUGUGGAGGUACGUAAAAACCUACAUACCUACCUCCAUGGCACUUACACAUUCUGAGUGACAUUGUCAUCCCGUAAUGCUUUUGAGGUGCUCAGAAAUAUCAAACAAACAAAAGACAACUUUGGUAUUCCUUAAAGGACCACUCUAGGCACCCAGACCACUUCAGCUUAAUGAAGUGGUCUGGGUGCCAGGUCCAGCUAGGGUUAACCCAUUUUUUCAUAAACAUAGCAGUUUCAGAGAAACUGCUAUGUUUAUGAAUGGGUUAAGCCUUCCCCCUAAUCCUCUAGUGGCUGUCUCAUUGACAGCCACUAGAGGCGCUUGCGUGCUUCUCACUGUGAUUUUCACAGUGAGAGCACGCAAGCGUCCAUAGGAAAGCAUUGUAAAUGCUUUCCUAUGCGACGGGCUGAAUGCGCGCGCAGCUCUUGCCGCGCGUGCGCAUUCAGUCCAGGAGGAGGAGAAGAGGAGGAGAGGAAGCAGAGAGCUCCCUGCCCAGAGCCGGGCGGGAGGGGGACCCUGAGGGUGGGGGCACCCUCAGGGCACUAUAGUGCCAGGAAAACGAAUAUGUUUUCCUGGCACUAUAGUGGUCCUUUAAGUAAUGCCACACUACAGAAGUUAAAGGGACUUCUGCCCAUUGGAGUGGUCUGGGUGCCAACUCCCACUACCCUUAACCCUGCAAGUGUAAUUAUUGCAGUUUUAAUAAAGUUUUCAAUAGGUCUCCCCCGCCGGAUGACGUUGGCGGUAGAGGAGCGUUGGCGAACCCUUACCCAGCUUCGAGGGACAUGGGCGCUGGAUACAGGUAAGUCACUGAAGGGGUUUUAACCCCUUUAGCAAUUUGGGAUUGGGGGUGGGAGGAAGAGGGGACCUGCAGUGCUGGCACUGGAGAGUCCCUCUAACAACAUUUACAAUCCAAGACCAGCACACCGUGAAAAUAAAGAAAUAAAAACUACUGAGAAUUUUUGUUAAAUAAAACGUAACCCAUAAUGAAUUAUUUGGAUAUUGGCUUGUGCAAAAUUGUGUGUAGUGACAGUUCUGUGUUGUUUUUAGAAACUUAGGUGGGAAAGGGUUAUUAUCAUGGGCUUGUUUUCAGAGUUCAUGAACACUGCAUGUGUUUUUUUUUUUUUGGUUAACAUACCCAUGCAAAGCAUGCGCAUUGACAUUUUGCUAGCAUGUUAGUUGCUUGUUAGUAUGGAAAUCUUUCAAGUCAUGCUUUCUAUAUGUUAUUGCAAAAUUCAGUUUUUUUUCAUAUGGUGCUGAAAAAAGAGAAUUGUGCUGGGUCUGUAUCAGUAAUUUUGGCUAAAUCAAUCUUGAAAUAAUUAUUCUGAAGUUGGCCAAGAGAGAUUGUAAGCUCCUGGGGACAAAGCUGUGAUUGUACAUUUAUAAAUUCUAUAGCACACACCGUCAGCAUUAUUUCGGAAUAAAUGAUAUUAUUCUGAGGGAAGCAGAUGGCUAAAAAUCCUUUUGUGCAUGGCCUGAGGGAGAGGGUGGGUUAUGCAUGCCCUGCGUGGGAGAUUCCCAGAGAAAAUCUGGGACUCUGGGUGUAGGCGGAAGGCUGGAUUUUCAAAAGUAGUAAAUCAUCCUUUUUAUAGCUUCUCUCUUCAGCCUGUUUGUAUUCUAAGACCGAAAAUCAUUUUGUGGAAGAGUUGUCUGUGGAAUCUGUGACCAAGGGAUUUUUUUUCUUCUUCUUUUUAAAGCAAACUUGUAUUAUACUCACAAAUAUAACCAAUUCCUUACUACCUAUCCCAUCAGACAGAUGCUGGUAUGAUUUGGGGUGCUCUUAUAAGAUUUGUACUGACCCUGAGAUUAAAAGAAACAGCCAACUGGUGUGAUUUGCAAAUUGUUAUUAUAGCAUAGCUUGCAUAUACGGUAUACUGAAAGGGACAUUACAGUUAACAGUAGUGGUUAUGGGACUUGGAGCCUGUUCCUGCACGCUCGGCAGUGUAAACGUUGCCUUUUCUGAGAAAAGGCAGUGUUUAAACUGUUUCCUUACGUGGUGCCAUUUCUAGUGAUUGGUGCUGGUCACCAUGAACAGUUCACUGAUGAUUACUGUCCACACUGAGGCAUGCAGGGAGACCUGGUCGGGGUCUAUUCAGACCCAGUGAAUCUCCCUGUCACUGGGGGGAAUCUUAGUAUCACCUUGAUUUCUGAAAAAAAAAAAUCACAUUUAGCUACAGUGAUUUAACAGACUGUGCCCGCUCACUGGUUAGUCUCUAGGUCUUUAAAUAUGGUCCCAGCUGACUAAAGGGUACUUCCAGGUAUUGAGUGAUACCUGGUCAUCCCUGUUGCCAGCAGGAAUUUAACCUGUGCAGGUAAAAAAUUAAAACACAAUAACCACUUCAAAACACUGCAGUGAUCAUGAUGUUUGCAGUAAUUAAAUAGAAUAUUUGUAUUUAUUAUACCAUAUGCUCUGCAUACAUUGAUGACAAAUAUGUGCACAUUUUCAACUAGUGUGUACCUAAGAAAAAACACCCGUAAAUAUAUAAUUUAUCAAAGUCUGUAUGACUGUUCUUACCUCAGCAUUUCAAAUGUACAAGGUUUACAGGUCACGUGAAUCUUAAAUUAAUAACAUCCUCCGCCCCGAAGAAUAUUUUUAUAAAAAUAAAAGCAAAAAAAAAAAAAUCAGAUUAGAGCGCAUUUUACAAAACAAUUGGAUUUCAAGCAAACUACCCCCACAAUAAAAUGUAAUAUAGUUCCCUUAUUUUAGUCACCUCUACGCAAGCACACCUUAGCCUACUCAGAAAUGACAAAAUAAGAUUAUGCCAUAUGUCCAGAGUACAUUUAUAACAAACAUAUUUGUCAGAUGUUGGUUUACGUGUACAGCAGCAGCAAUUGAAGAAUUAUGGGGCUUGAGUGGGUGAAGUAUGUAUAUUUUAAAGGGAUAUAAUGAAAUGUUGACCCAUUUUUUUGUAAUUAACCCCUUAAGGACCAAACUUCUGGAAUAAAAGGGAAUCAUGACAUGUCACACAUGUCAUGUGUCCUUAAGGGGUUAAAGGAACUAUUUUAAUGAGUUCUACAUAUAAUGAAAUCAGCAUUUUUAUAAAAGGAAACACUUCAGCUUACUUUCUGUUUCCUAUUACAAAAACACUGAUUUCAAUAAAAUCUGCACUUUUAUAAAAGCUUAUACACCUCCCUGGCUCUCAAUCAAAACAGCUUGGAGGUGUUUAUUCUUCCAUGUUUAGCUUCUUGAAACUAAAAUAAAAAAAUAAGUAUUCCUCUUUUGAAAGAUGUCUCAAUUCACUGUAUUACAGCUAAAUGAGAAGUCUGUGAUUGACAGGCACACAAAUGGAGUCUAAAUGAGAACUUUCUGAUUGGGCAUCCUCCAGCAUAAACUAAAUUCUUCCUGGGUGGGCUUGCAGUAGCUGCAGAUAUGAACUAUUGUAUCUGCAGCUAUUGUAAGCUAAGAUUUUUUGUGGCUCUAAAGAAAAUUUGCAAAAAGGAUUACAUAAAUGUUUUAUUUGAUGAUAUGCUUAUUCAACAGUUUUUUAUGCAUUCAUUUUAAAAAAAACUUGCAAAAAAACCCCCCUAAAAAUAUACUCACCUUAAAAGUUCCCAGCUUUGCACAACCGCAUGAGAGGCUUCAGUAGUUAAGGGAAGUUAGAUCAAUGGUGGUGGGGGGCAAUAAGGUCAGUGGUGGUGGUUGUGGUGUUAUGGGGAAGUGAAGUCAUUUGUCCAGGUGGGAGUAUGGUCAUGGGUAGUGUUGGUUGGGGGGACGAAAGGCCACUAAGGGUGAUGCAGAUUUAGGGAGGUGAGGUCACUAGUAGUGGAGGUGGGGGAGGACAAGAAUGUUUACGUGUUGGUUAGUUGCAUGUGGGGAUUUCCACAUGGGUAAUAGUCUGACUCCUGCUUGUGACUAUUCAACAUGUAAUAUGUUCAGUUUUAGAGAGACAAUAAGUUAAGAGUGACCAGAUGUAUGCAAAUAUUUAUAUAUUAAUUUCUUGAGUCAAACCUGUUUAUUAUUCUAUUGUGUCUGAAUUUACAGAUUUAUUGGACAUGUGAAUUCAUAUAGCAGUACUAUAUUUGGACAGUUUUAUGGUGUCAUGAUUUAUUUUUGAAUGGCUUGGUAGAAUGAGAUGGCAAUGCACGCAAAUCCUAUACAUGUGAUUCAUCCCUUACCUUGUAAGGCUUGGUAACUCUAUAUUGAAGAAUACUUGGAUGACUAACAACCUUUCAUUAAGAACUUCCUGUGCAAAAUGGCACUUCAGAGACCUGAAUUGCAAAAUUCAAACUAAGAUAGCCAUGCUGCGACUAUAGUCGAAUUGGAGAAUUAUCCCAGAUCCGUAGUAGUAGACUGUAGUGGCGGCAUUAAAGUUAUAAAAUUGUGGACUUUUUUUUUUUAUCUCUGCAGAUAAAUUCUUUAUUCAUUUGUACAUGGGCCAUCUUUGUGUGCACCUUAGUUCUUUUCAGUACAUAUUGUAGAGAUGUCAAAAUAAAUGAUGGAAAAUUAUCAUGCAAAUUAAGUCAAGGGAUUCUUCUAGUGAGGUGAUCGAUGAGAAGACAACCAGUUAUUUGACUUCAAAACCAGUCAGUGAAAUACUACUCUGAGCUUCAUUACACACCUUUCAUUCAUUAUAACCUGCCACAGUGUUGUUUUAAUAUGAGCUGAAAUAAAACUCUUUAAAAAUAUAUUUAUAUAUAGCCAUGCAUCUAGUUGACCUCUCAGUAAGGUUCACCAAUCCGUGUCCCUUUUGUUUCAACAGAAUCAUAUUUGUCCAAGUUAGGGUUUUUUCAAACAAAGACAUUUUGUUGGGAGUAGUGAGAUUUACCAAAGUGUCUUUUAUUUUUGGUCUUUAAUCUGUAUGUAUUUAUUAAAUUCUUCUAAACAGUUCUCCUUUUCUAAAUCCCACAAGAAAUAUUGAUAUUAGAAUAAUCUGCCAAGUGUAGAGUGUCAGAAAAGAAAAAGAGUGAAACACAUAUCGCCCUACAUUUCAAACGGAAUAAGUGGGGCACUUUAAUUUUAGGGGUCCAAGUGGGAGUAUGGCCGGAGGCAGGGCUAUUCUUAAAAAAUUUAAGUAACUUACUAGAAACUAAUUAUGCAAAUAAAAUAUAAUUUAGAAAAAGAACAAUGUAUGUUAUUUACACAGAUUGAUUUCUAAACACAUUUAUUGUAGCUUAAAUACACAUUAUUGGGAAUUGUAUUGUUGGGAUCUAUGUUUUAUAUACUCAGACACACCAACAACAUGGAACUCAUAGAAACGAGAGACACUGGGAUAGAAAAGAGGGAUUUGAGCCCUAAAUAGGGACACUUGGGAGGUAUGUUAAUAGACCACUUUUCUGGAUGAAAAAAGUGACGGAAAGAUUGAUAAAUCCAUUGCAUUGCCUAUUAAGUAUAUGCAUAAAUGACAGAAUUGCCUACUAAUUUGAAAAAUAAACCUGGUAAUUAUUCCAUGAUUGUCAUUUUUUGCACUAAAACACAUAGUGCCCGAAGUCACUGUUCACUGAUUAACACGAUAAGUAAAUAGAUUUCGACUUGUUACACUUGAGAGAAGGAAUUACUGUUGAACAUAACCCCCAGGAGAGAAUCUUCACUGUGAGGAUAUCAUUAAUACAUUAUUCACAAUAUACAGUAGAAAAAAAAUUUAAGUUCAGCUACACUAUGAAAAAAAAUUAGUUCUAAUCACAUAUGCACAUUUUUUGUCUUCCCACGUGGUCAUUUAGUCGAUCCCCUCAUUAUGUUAUAUUAAUGAUUUCUUUGCAGAUGCUCUUGUUUAGCUUAUGCCAACUGUUUUAUUGUAUUUUAAUGCAGGAGUAGUUAUUUUAAGAAACUACAUUUGCUGCUUUUUAUGAAAUGGCAUUUUUUAUUCCUAAGUAUAUGAAGCGUUGAUUUGUAUUUGUGUCAAAAAGGCACCAACACAAUUGUUAUUCACUUUUAACCUAAAAUGACUCUCAGCAAGGCAGUCAGACACUGUCCCCAUUUUGUGUGUGUGUGUGUGUGUGUGUGUGAAUCGAUCUGUCUAUCUUUCUACCAUAUGUGCAACGCAGCUACUAACACCAAUUUAUGGCAGACAUCUUGGAACUUGUACAUAAAGCCUUCAGGUAAGUAUGACUUUUAGCCAAUACAAUUUGUAGACGAAGGCCAUACCUACUAGAAACAGACUGUCAUCCACAUAGUAUGCGUAUGACUGUCUCUUUAAAUGAAAGAGAGAGUAGGUGGUAGCAUAUUCUGCUUUAUCAAUGUUCUCUUGGUUUUCACACACUGUGUAUGUAAAGAUUCAAAGCUUGACCUUGAAGAAGGGGUCAACCAACAAGGAGUGUUUUCAUAUGUUCAUCAAAUGCUGCCAAGAAUUGCUCAUGUUAUGGCUGACAGCAGAUCGUUCCCAUAAUCCUUGCAAUAAGGUUGUGCGCCCAGCUGGACUGAUAUGUCUGAUAUCAGCUGGACUUGUAUGUCUGAUAUGUAUCUCUAUUUAUGAAGUGGCAAUCAAGGUAUCACUGUAUUUAAUUUAUUUCUGUACAAUUUCACACAGUUUAAAGCACUGACUUUUACGUGUGUUGUGUUAACAGUAAAAAGGAUUUCAUGGAAAGUCUUUGGAAUGCACGUACUAAAUUCCCACUUUAGGGGUAUUCUCUAAAGUGAGAAUUGUUGGAAAAUCAAAGUAAAUUUCACAUUUCAGGCCACAUGAGCAGAACUGGAGAUUUCAACAUGUUUCCGGGUUUGAAAUUCACUUUGAAUUCUCGACAAUUCUCACCCAGAAAAAAGUCAAAGUGAAAAAAUUCCAUAUCUCCUCUUUUUUCCAGCUCAGCUAUUUUGAUCUAAAAUAUGCAAUCCAUUGUCCAUUUUCCACAAGUCACGGUAUAGUGAAUAGCCUACUCAACUUUGGUUAGAACCUACUGCUGAAUUUUGAACACUAUUUUAUAGAGCAACAGCUAGUUGGGAUACCAUUUUCCGGACACAGUAUAACUUGUAUUACAAAAAUAUGAGGUUUUGAGAACCUACGUAACAAUAUUUACAUGACAAAAAAAAAAUAGCUUUCUUAUAUAAAAUAGGGAUUCGUUCUAAUCAUGCAAAGUAAAAUAUAUAUGUAAUACGGUGGCAUUUCUAACAAAAUAGCUUUUCAGAUUUUCACAUUAUUUUUACUGAAUGCGUUUUUUGAAAAACCUAUUUCAAACAAUAUUAAACAGAAAUAUAACAAUAAGGAACAGUGUAAAUAUGAGUAAAAUAAAAAGGGGAAGGGGGAAAAAUAAGGUGUUUCAAUGUAUAUAUAUUUAGUUUUUAUGCUUUUUUUUGUGCAUCUGUUCAAUGUAUAAAUCAGCAUAAAUUAAUUUUAAUCCUGCUUAAAAGAAAGCUGCAGUGAUUCGUUAAUUUGCUUAUGCAAUAAUUUUAGUUGUACAUGAUCCCUUUUUCAUCUUUAGUAUCUAGUGAAACACUAAUAAGCAUAAUUAUUUGGAUUUUGUAUUCCAGGUUCACCUGUUGGUCAGCUAUGGCAUCCUCCUUACCGAGAACCCUGGGUGAACUUCAGCUUUAUCGUAUAUUGCAACGUGCUAACCUCCUAUCUUACUUUGAUGCCUUUAUCCAGCAGGGAGGGGAUGAUGUUCAACAACUCUGUGAAGCAGGGGAAGAAGAGUUUCUCGAAAUAAUGGCAUUAGUUGGAAUGGCCAGUAAACCCCUACAUGUUAGAAGACUCCAAAAGGCAUUGAGGGAUUGGGUUACCAACCCGAGUCUAUUUAAUCAGCCCCUAACAUCACUACCUGUCAGUAGUAUUCCAAUCUAUAAACUCCCAGAAUCUUCUCCUUCUUCUCUGUUGGGAAUGAACUCCAGCAGUUAUGAAAGGAACAGCAAUACAAAGGAACCACAUGUGAAGAUCCCAAAAUGUGCAGCCACAACGUGUGUCCAAAGUGUUGGCCCCGGGAAAUCUGAUGGGAAUUCUCCUUUGCAAAGCAGCAGUGAAGGAAGGCACUGGCAAAGUCACCACACCACGGAGAGUGAGCACAGCCUGUCACCAGCAGACCUUGGCUCUCCGGCGUCCCCUAGAGACACCACAGAAACGCUGGAUGCGGCGGCUGCUGUUUCCGUGGCCGAGUGCGUUGAGCGGAUGAUCCCUUCCUUGCCGAAGAGUGAUUUGAAUGAAGUGAAGGAGUUACUAAAGACCAACAAAAAGAUGGGAAAGAUGAUCGGGCACAUCUUUGAGAUGAGUGAUGAAGACCCUCGUAAAGAAGAGGAGAUUCGCAAAUAUAGUGCCAUCUAUGGCAGAUUUGACUCUAAAAGAAAAGAUGGGAAACACCUAACACUCCAUGAAGUAAGCAUGAAUCACAGCUGCAAAUGCUUUGAUAUGAACUAAUUACAUGUGUACAUCAUUGUUUAAAUGGCUCAUAUAUGUUACAUCAUAUUGUUAAAGAACAUAAAGUUAUUACCGUACCUUUUAAAUGUCAGAAACACAUUAUAUCACAUGUUAAGAGGUCGGAAAGUUAUUAUAACACUGUUUGAAAGCCACAUACACAUAUCUCUUGGUUACACGGCAUAGCACGUUCAUGCCCUCACUGUAGUAGCUGGUUAACGUCAAGGUUAACCUGGCCAGAAACCAGGGAUGACACUGUAUUUCAUGUAACAAACAAUGACUGUCAGUCAUAGAUAUCACUUUGGAAAAAGAAAACUAAUCGCAUUUAAGACUGGUUUGCAUGCUAUUAAGUGGAAACACAAGGAGACAGAAAGUGUUUUCCCACAUUAUUUUCUGCUUGCCCCUCUCUGACAUCUUUCCUUUUGUUAAUGCACCAUUUCUCAUGCCUACUACAACCUCCAUUGAUUUUCAAGUGAAUGAAAGCCAUAUGCUUCUAAAGCACUGGUAGCACACAUUGUCAUGCCUGUGCUGAACAUACUCUGGUCUGUUUUCCUAUUUAUAGGAACAAUCAAUUUAAUUAUUUUUUUCUCCAUUUUUAAUUUAGUAAAUAUAUCCCCAAAGAAAACAUGCAUGCAGUUUUUCUGCAUGUUUUCUUUGGGAGUGUGAGAAAAAAACAUUGUGCAAGAACUGCAGACUUGUCUGCAACCUUUGCACCCCUCACCUUCUCCGGCAUAGACUUUCUCAUCCACAAGCCUCUGUGCUGAAGCCACAAAUGGUCAUACAACUGCAAUUGUGGUAUUUCAAUGUUUCGUAAUGAGCUGCUCAUUGAAAAGAGUGAAAUUCAGGUGCAUUCAAGCCCAACGCACCUGCUACUGCCAAAGUAGAAGAAAAACUCUGUAUCCAGUCUCAGCCCCAAAAGCACUGAGUAAGCUGCUUUAAGUUAGAGAAACUAUAAACAGGUAGUGAUAUUAUUAUUAAUUUAUUAUUUAUAUAGCGCCAGCAAAUUCUGUAGUCCUGUACAAUGAUAUCCUUACAAUAUGCUUUCCCGAGUGUCCUCUUCUUCUAAUGCUGGUUGUUUUGUUGCUCAGAUCUUUCAGUAAUGUCAGUGGCUGAGCUGUGUGCAUAUAUUUGAUGAGGAAGUAUUUUUCUGGAGUGAUGGGGUGUGGCUAAAGAGGCAGUCUUAUGGUGCAGCAUUCUGUAAAUAACAAACUUUGUUCAAAAACUAUAAUGGGUUUAGCAUGCAAAAACAUACAGCAUAUUAAAACAACAUCUAUCAAGUGCAGUUGUAUUGGUGCCCCGAGUGUCCCUUUAAUUCAGCCCUGAAUCCUGUGCUUUCAUAAUGCUCUCUGGAAACAUGUUAGAGAAGGAACAACUACUUUUUUCUAAAAUAUUUAGUUUAUUUUGCUGGAGCUUUGAUAACGUUAUCUAAAGGGGUGUGUGUGUGUGUUUCAGUAUUCCUUCCCUAUUCUUCUUUUCUGUCCUUUAUUGAUUGUACGGUGUUUAGAAUGUCCACUAUCCUUGGAGAAUUUGUUCAGUUGGACUAAACAGCCUGUUUGUGUGUUUCCUAGCUAACCGUGAACGAAGCAGCUGCUCAACUUUGCAUGAAGGACAUUGCUCUGCUUACAAGGAGGGACGAGCUUUUUACUCUUGCACGCCAGAUUUCUCGGGAAGUAACCUACAAGUACACAUACAGAACCAGCAAGUAAGAUCUUGGAAAAGCAUUGGAGAAUGUAUAAUCUAAAAUAACGAAUUCUAGAUUUGGAUGUGAUGAAAAAAAUGAGCUGUUUAUAUGUGUUAUUAAUUAUUUAGCCAUGUAAUGUUUAGGAUUUUAAUUGGCACUAAAUAAUUAAAUAAACACUAUAGUGUUAGGAAUACAAAACAUGUAUUACUAACACUAUAGUGAUGGACUAUAUGUUUAGGUGAAUAGCCCCCUCUGAAUAGAGUUAAAAUGUAUUUAAUUUACAUUUUCUCCAUUUCUGUACUGGUUUUGACACUGCCGGCCCCACCUCCAUGCCUCCAGUGCUUUUCUGUAGGAAAUCUUUGAGAGGCUAUUGAGCAUAUGUGACAAAAUGUUGCACUGCUCCAAUCAGCAUCAACUCUUAGAAAUGCAUUGAAUCAGUGCAUCUGUAUGCAGAGUGUUUGGCCUUUCCAUGCAGAGCGUGGAGACGCUGAUCAUAGGUGCUGCACACAGUGCAACACUGGGCAAAGAAGCAACUUUAGUAGCCCUCUUGAAGUGACUACCACUAGAGGUGUUACUAGCCAGCAAGGUAAAAACUGACUUUUCUCUGCACUAUUAGAUUUUCUUUUCUCUUUAAUACGGAUCCCACGAGCCCCUUAAUCCCACUACUCCACAGACAUCUUUACCUCAGAUAGAACUGUGAUUGUUUUCUCAUCCAAAUGUUUUACUGGACUCUUUUUGGACUGUUCUUUAUAUAUAAAAAAACAACAACACUUGUGCACGGGGCCUGACAGCCAACUAAGCUAGUCGCUUGUGGCUGGAGCUCCUUCAAAAAUCUAGUUAUUAAGCCAAAAUCUUACGGUACUUCCUCAGCGCUAUUUUGGCACAAAACUUGGCUACUCAAUUCCAGAACACUCAGCUGACUGUUGGGUUCACUACUGUCAGGUUCCUGUGGGCAUAGGCUGUGUUGUACACCUCUGUGACCUGCUGACAUACUUGAAGCAGAGGAGGCGCUUCUCCGUGAAUUUGAUCAAUUGUGGACAACGUCAAGACCUCGGGGAGCUGCCUACCAGAGUGUGAGGGGGGUCAGGGACCAGUGAGGACUUCAGUGUUAUAGAUGUUUAAAAUAUGUAUGUUUUAAUUUUGGACUAAAAAAAUAGGGGUCGUCUUAAACAUGGGGGCAUCUUAUACAUGGAAAAAUACGGUAUAUCUGUCUCCCACUAAACCAGGAGCUUUGCUUCUUUCUAAAUGUAUAUACUGAAAAAGUUAUCUAUUCUAAUAUGAUGUUCAAACUGAGACAUUAUGUCAUUUCAUCACUCAAAUGCGUAAGUGUGUUUUUAUGAUAAAAGCACUGAUGGGAUAUUGUCUGCUAGAAAAUCAAGAUGGCUUCUCACUUUAUAAUUUUUUCUGUUAAUAAACAAAGAAUAAUAACUGUAUAUGUUGAAAAGGUUUGUGUUUGGAGAUAUGUAUUAUUAGUACUACAUUAAUGUAGGAUAGGAUGAUAUUUGCUGUUUAUUCACCCUGUUAGAAAAACAACAGGCAGAUCACUAUUUACAAUCCACUAUUUACAUUUUAGGUCAAAAUGUGAAGACAGAGAUGAGCUGUCACCCAAGAGAAUCAAAACUGAGGUAAUUUGUCUCUUUUAUGCAAUGAAAUUUGUGUACGUCAUUUUUUUCAGCUAUCAAUUAGUUUCAUUUUCCAUAAGUACGCAGUUACUUUGUAUAUUUGUUUUAAUGGUGUGUAUUAAUGAUGCUGCCCCACUCACAUCAGAUUGUCAUUUUUAAUCUUCUAUAGCCACAGUUAAAAGAUAACUGUAAAACAGCGGUAGGCAAACUUCAGCAUUCCAGAAGUUGUGGACUACAGCUCCUAUAAUACUCUAAAAGCCAUAUUGCUGGCAAAGCAUCAGGGGAGAUGUAGUCCACAAAAUCUGGAGUGCCAAAGGUUGUCUACUCUAAAAUCAAACAUUCUGGGAAUUUUUUAUUUAUUAUUUAUCUGCAUUUCUUCCCCAUUGUUUACUGGGGUAAAUAAUGCAGUGAAGGUAAAUGGGGGGUUGGAGGUGGAGGGGGGGGAACCUUACUUGCGUUUACUGCACUUCUGUAUUGCACCAUCCCUGCCAUCCCAUGAUGCCUUGGGCGUGCAUAUAGACGCUUGGGCAUCUAUCAGACAAAUUCCAAACGUAUGUAGGCUUGGAAUUUUCUCCAGCAGUAGACAUGCAUAUCUUCCCCAGCCUUUUAAGUAAGAAUAUAAAGAAAUAAGUAAAUUUAACAAAAAUCUAUUUUUGCUUAUUUUAUUUAAAUUAUUUCAAAUUUCUCUUUAAUUCAUAAUGGUAACCAGGCAUUUAAUUUAAAAGGUAUUUUUAUUUUCAUUUAUUCCUUCAUAUUUUGAAGGUGAGGUAUAGAUAAGACAUUUACACUGUAUUCCUGGUUGUGGAAUACAGCCUACUAGAAGUAUUUUCCGAGAAAGGGAUUUUUUAAAUCAAAUACAGUGGAUGGUAAUCUUCAUUAGUUAUUUAUAAUUCAUCUGCUUGUAUUUUUGAGAAUGCAGAUUCCUAGACUGUAACUCCAAUGUCCACAUACAAUAUAAGUACAAUUGCAUGGCUAAAACUAGGUAGCUGUAUUUUAAAGGCAUUACCGGUUCUUAUAGUAAGUAAGUAAUGCAAUGUGUCUGUCUCCCUACAAUCUCAUCCCCUAUACUGAAAAUAAUCCAGCCUUUUAUUUAUUAGUCUUAUUGAUUCUUACUCCAUUAUGGGAGGUAGGCGGUAGGAUGCCUGUUUGAUACACACUGACUGUUCUAACCUCCAACUGAGAAUUUAGUUUCUUCCCUUGUUAAAAGAAAUUGCAUUAUAAAAGGGAAAGAGGUAACAUUGGUAAAAUGAGUGAGCAUUCUAAAUCUUUUCUUUAAAGUAUACAUUUUACAGUUUAACUAAAAACACCUGUCUUCAUAGGGUUCUAUAAUCGUGAUCAAACAGUAUGUUUAUUUCUAUUUCUCUAAAAGUUGCACGUCAUUGCUGAAUUAUCUGCAAACUAUAUUUAGAGAAAAAUGUAUCUACACUAUUGUAGAUGAUAAAACCUGCUCAAACAGAAUUUAUGGACCCUAACUUUGAAUUACUUUACAGCCACUCACCCGUAUUCAUGACAAGUUUAAGUGGGAUUUGUCAAGCAGUGGAAUGUGGGGGACUUGUUAAAAUUAUUGCGCGCAUAUUAUUUUUAAAGCUUAAAGAAACACUAUAGUGUUAACAAAAUAGAUAUAUUAUGAAACGCUGUCGACAGGCUUUAUUGUAAAAUGAAGGUUCAUACUUAAUGAGACAUUGUAGGUACAAAGCAUCCAAAUGAAGCAAAAAAAAAAAAAAAAGAACACACAAAACCGUUACAAAAUAGUAUAAAAUCUCACGGUCAAGUACAUAUAGACCAAAUGCAACAGUAUGUGUGCUCUAAAUUACCAAUAGCUAAAAACAAAUAUAGAGUUACUCUAUCCCUACUUGGUACAAAACUCACGCACUAAUGGCGAGUGUGAUAGUUCAGAAUAAGGAGUGACAAGGUCUUCUACCAGGUCGGGAUGUGGGUGGAGAGGAUCUCACAAGGACCAAAAACAUAGCUCCUACGCAUUUCGUAAAUAGUUUUCACUUCCUCAGUUAGGAAUAAAUAGUUAUGCUAUAGUGCCCUUUUAACAGUUUAGGGGCCCAUGUCAGUGUCAGUGACAAACACUAAAAAGCUUCCAAUGCAAACAUUGCUGUUCUCAUAUUUUACAAUGCAGGGCUAAAAUGACAGGAAUAUGGUGCCCAGGCCACUUUAUUACAUAUAAUGUCCCUUUUAAAUUAUAAUCAGAGUUUUGUCUUGUGUAUUAUGCCUAACUGUGAGAACUGAACUUUAAAUGUUACCCUUGAUCUAGUUUUAUUUAAAUACUUUAAAAAAAAUAAUUUGUUAUAUAUUUAUCUUUAGUGCUAUGAAAUCCAUAUUUUGCCAUAUAAAUCUGUCUCUGUUUUUGUAUAUUGGCUUGUAUCAAGAGUAGACAGAUUGAGCUGUGUGAUUAUUUUUAAAGGAAUGGCCUUAUUGGCAAGUGAUGUGUUUUCCCACUUAAAAAAAGUCUAUUCAUGAUAAUGCUUCAGAUUGAUACAGUUUUUUAUGCUAAAGCAUCUCCCAAUGAACCAUAAAUAACUGCCCCCAUACUUUACUAGCCUCUUCAAAUACAUUGUCUGAAACUCUUUGUCCCUAAAUGAGAUGGGGACAUAAAUCAGAAUUCCUCAGUUUCAGCUUGGUUUCUCUUGCAGUUUUGUGAGACCAUUAUUGUCUCACAACUAGCUGUCAUGGAUUUCUCUUCUGUCUGUGGUCCUUCUAAAGAAGGCUUGGACAACUUUCUGUCCCCCAACUGUUGGGGGUAUUUAGUUCUCAUCACCCUUCAUUCAUGACUCCAGUAACAGUUGGUGGGCAACAUGUGGUUAAUCCUAGUCCUUACUCUCAUUUUGUCUUAAUGGAGGCCUACAAAAUUGGUCAGUCAUGACAUGCUGGCAGGUUUUUUGUGUGCAAAUUUUAGGAACAUAGAACUAGCUAGACAUGUGUAAACCAUGGAAUAUGGAAACCUAGUCUGGGGUCCUACCUGUAUAUCUAUAACUACGUGAGCAUUGUAACAGCCUUUAUACCAGCUUGUUGGUGCCAACAUCUUCAUUUUCUCUGUCCUGACAAGGAAAAUCCAAGAGGACGAGUCAUUCUGUGAUUUUUGAGCAAUUCAUUCUGGCAGAUAGAUGUAAUAUGUCAAAAAAAAUCUGUAGGCUGAAACAUAUUAAUAUUUGGCUGAAUUACUGUGAAUUGUUAACAAGCCAUAAGGAUGAUGCUAUGUUUGGCUAACGUAAUAAUCUGUUUGCCACAGGAUAGUUUCUCGGAUUACCAGGAGACUCUAGUAGCUAUUCACCAGCAAGUGGAAUCACUAAAGGAACAACUUGCAAUGGCCAAAGCUAAAGGUGAUGAAGGGUCAGCUCAUAAUUUACAGGUAAGACCAAUUAAGUUUUUUCCAUCUGAAUUCGGUGAGACAAGAUUGGCUUGUGUUUAGUUCUGAUACAUUACAAUGAGAUAAUAAUAAAUGUAUACAUUGCUUUUCUCUACUUUUCUUGUAUUUCUUUCUGCUUUAAAACAGAAAUUACCAUAAAGAUUAGUUUUAACAAGCAUAAGAUCAGAACUUAUUUAAAGACAUUUUUUUGUGAUCGUGUGUGUGUGUGUGUGUGUGUGUGUAUUUUGAAUCUCUUAGAUGUUUUGCUCUGUGCUUAUCUUUAGCCCUAAGAUGUCCCAUGGAUCACACUUUGUAAUAAACUUUCACAGUUCUUGUUUAAAAUAUGUUCCCGCUUUUACUUGGCUUCAGCAGUCCAGUAGAAGAGCAAGGUGAAGGAGCUUAAUUCACAAGUCUUGUGAAAAAUAAAAAUCAUUACAUUUGGCUGGCACUGGUCCAUGACAGGCUGUGACCAUAUACAGUUUUAGGUAGUUGCCACUAGUUUUCCACAAAACAAUGCACAUCAGCCUUAAUUAAAAAUGUCACUAAUAAUUUGUAUUUGUUUUCUUUUGAUUAGUUUUUCAAUUAAUGCCAUAUGGCUGUAGUUUGUUUCAGGUCAUAAAGAGGUUCCUUCAUGAAUUUGUUAUGGUGCCUUGAGUUUCCUUGCACCAUCUUACUUUUAGAGGUUAAAUAAUUUACACAUGGUUUAACCCCAAAGUCUUGAAUCUAGUGCCGUCUAGCUCUGCCCCUGCCUUUUUGCUUCUCUCCAAUUCUUGAUACAGAAAGCCUUGGACAGGGUCCCCGCUGAUUGGUUGAGAGCAUCAGUUGACACUCUCAGGAAAUCAGUUGUGCUCUUGUCUGAGGUUAUUCAAGACUUCCUGUUUUAACAGUUAGAGAGAAGCAGAAGAAGGCAGUGCUAAACAGCCUGCAGCAGGGACCUCCUGGCAUCAUAACAACUUAAUUAGGGUGAAGUUGUUAUGGUGCCCAAAGUGUUCCUUUAAUUAGGCUGAAUGUUCUGGCACAACAUCCCCCACUCCUCUGUUUUGCACUUUAAAUCAUUACCAGGCAUCUCACAUCCAGCCAUAUUUCACACUUCAAUCCCUCACAGCACGCACACUCAUCCCACGGACACCAUCAUUAACGAUGCAUGCAACAUGACAUUGUGUCUUUCAUCUAGUCUCUUGCUGAGAUCUUUUAACAGUGCCAUAUAAAGCAAUAGUGUUGGCUUUACAUGCAGUGUUUCUGCUAACUUAAAGCCAGUUGAAGGGGAUUUAAACACAAUUUUAUAUAUAUAUAUAUAUAUUCUAGCACCACCUUCUGUACUGUUCACUUGUAUUUUUUUUUCUCUCUCUCCCCCCUCACUCUGUGAUCUUCAAGAUAUUUACGACCCUUUGCAAGAAUGGUGUCCAAGUUCUAUCAAACCUGUGUCUUAUCUACACUCAUGUCGCUUUAACCCCUGUAUGACAACUCAACUUUGAAUUCUAUGUGUCGUCCUGCUUAGAAAUGCUUCAGACUUGAGAAAGGGAGGUUCUCCUGAAAGCUUGUCAUUAAAUAAUUCUGUUAGUCCAAUGAAAAAGGUAUUACAAGAUACACAUUUUAUGUUAUUUACACACACAUAUAUAUAUAUAUAUAUAUAUACAUAGCCCCAUUUUACGUGUAGAAUAAACCAGGACUGAGGAAAAGAAAGUAAAAGAAGUAAACUUCAACUUCAACUUCCCACAUGCCCUCCCAUUUGUCACCAGCUAGCUAUCUGUCAAUAGCUCACUCCCACUGGAGAAAUGGGGAAGAGGAGAGUUCUAUUCGUGGUGCAUAGUGUUGGUACAAGGUGGAGAUGAGCCCCUUUUAAUAUUUACCCUUAGGCAAGCUGUCUUAAACCAUUUCAGAGUCCUAGAGGCCAGUGAUAUUUUUAUAUUUUAACUGUUUGCACCAGAAUAAAAUAUAUAAUUUUACAUAACUUGAAAAAAACAGAAAAUUACAAAACAAUAGUUAUAGUACUAUACAAAAUAUUUAUAAACAUGUUGUUGCACAUAGUAAUGUGAUGGUACAUAUGUAUGGAUAAACUAAUGGCCAUUUUUACUGGUGAUGAUUAUAUUUUGUGGAUCUCAGCAUCAUCACUUGCUCCCAAAAAUAAGUAAUCACCUUUUAUAUAGUGUAUUGCAGUGGGUUUUUUCCCCCACCAUUAAUGAAAACUUGGACUAAACUAAUGGAUCGGUGGCAAAUAAGGACAUUGUUAAUUAAUUUGUUGAUUUUUAUAUACCAAAAUAAUGGAAAUAUGAUAUUCAUUUAUAUGUGGAGUACAGACAUAAACCAAUCAGAACGUGGAACCUAUUGAUGGUCAACUAAGAGGGACUUAGAAGAGCCAAUUGUGUAAAGUAGUUAGGACAGUUCCAUGGAAGGCAGGAAAGACCAUAUCAAGAAAUCAGGACAAAGCUGGUGAAAAGAAAUCAAGCAAAGCUCAUGUGAAGACUUUUGUAUACAAUGACGGACUCAUUUCACAGCUGAGAUCAAGCAAUCUUAGUGCUCAGUGGGACCACAAAUACAAAUAAUUCUAGCCAGUGGUGAGGAAAGUCCAAUGGGUCCUAUAGCAGAUCAGCCAAAAAAAAAAAAAACAAUUUGAUACAUAACAAUCCUUUAAUGUUUAAUACAUCUCUGGUACACUAUGGCGCCAAUCUUUUUAGCACAUUCUCUCGAAAAUCUUUUCUGCCAAUUUUUGUUGCAAAUUCUAUCCACGUGAAUGUGCCCCAGCCCAAGCCACAUCUUUUUCCAUCCUCUACCUCUAAUGAUCACUGACACUGGGUAUAUUUAUUUGCCUCUCUAGCUAUGAAGUAUGCUGCUCUAGUAAUCAUGUCUUGAAUGUGGUUUCAUAUUACUUAAAGAGGCAGAAAAGAAAAGAUGUAAUUUCAUAUAUACCAGCAAAGAUGGUAUUGAUAUGAAUAUUAGCAAAGAUGAUAUUGAACAGUGGUUGCUUUUUAUGUGUUCUGUGAUCUCCUCUUCAGCUUUAUGUGUGUCCUUUUUUUUCAUGUUUUCACUUUUAUAAAUUAACCUUGUUACACCUCAUUGACUAUCAAUCAGACAACAGGCCCUGUUACUUCCUGGUUUGGUUAGCUCAGUGGAGCUAAACUCAAGAGGAAGGCAACUGCCUAGAACACCUUCCUUGCAAAGAUUUCUCUCUGAGUUGCAUUGGGAAGUCUGUGAUUGGUCAGCCACAGAAAGUCUGGGUGGGGUUGGGGGCUUGCAAAGGCAGCAGACAAGAGUUCUGUAGCUUUUGCAAGCUGUUUUAGAUAUAACUGCAAUAAAAAAUACAUAAUCAAAAUAAGCAAAUGCAUACAUGUUUUCGUUGGGUAUAUCUACUAAGCAAUGAUUUUUAUUUGUAUUUGGACAGCACAAUACCUUUAAGUAUUCAUGGGGGGGUUGGGGUUUAAAUAGGGGGUUGGGGGUUAAUGCCAUCGCUAGCUUUUUGGCAAGCACAAUGUACAGUCAAACAAUGUAUUGAUGUAUUGUAAUUUUUACAAGACUAACCAGUUCUUAUGACCUAAUAGUGAGUUUCACAAGCACUCCUUCAUUCUGUGACUGCAAUUAGGUUGGAGUGACUAGUCUACUUAUUGAGAAUAUGUCUCUAUACACAAAAUAAAGCAUGUAUAUAUUGAUAUUUGCCUUGAACAAUAAAAUACAAUGGAAGGCAUGUACUAAAAAUGCAUGGCAACAAAUAAUUAAAAAAACAUUUAUAUUUAAUACUAGUAGUAAUUUACUAAUGAGUUAUAUUUAUAUAUAUAUAUAUAUAUAUAUAUAUAUAAUAAAUAGUAGUUUGAAAAGGUAAAAAAAUGGUGCUAUAAUCAUCUAUGUGGAUAACUCUACACACAUAAAUAAAGUAUGUGAAAAAUGGAAUAGUGAGAGCACUCAAUAAAUGUUCAAAGUUACCACAAGUAUGGAUAAAUACAAUCCUAAAACCUAAAUAAAAGAAGAGACCAUAGGUUAAUAGUGUUACACUUUACAGAAAAAAAACUCAUAUUACUGACACUUAUAGACGCUGGCUCAGACUAAAGGCUUCAAACGAAGGAUAUAACAGGUACAGUGGAUCCUUGUAGCAAUCAGGAUAUCUCCAGGCUGUGUUAUCAAUAAUCCACCAUAAAGAUCCAGGAUGCAGGAUCAGGGUGGCAAAAACACAAUUUAUUGAUUAAGCAUAAAAAAUUUAAAACAAGGAAAGUCCACUGGUCGCUUGCCACUUAACGCGUUUCGGCGAAUAGCCUUUCUCAAAAGUGAAUAGUCCGUUUUUUCACAUAAUGAGUUAAAGAAUUGUUAGUAGAUUUCAAAACUGUGCUGCUGUAUUUCCAAAUUAAACCUACUUUAGCAUGUUGGCUGAACAGAGUUUAAAAAUACAUGGCAAUGAGCUCUGUUAACAUGCUGAGAGAUGUUUGAUGUGUGCAUGUAGAUUCUCGAUUUGUCUUAGGAGCGCAAUGAUUUUCUUGGAUGAUUUUGGAUGGUUAAGGUGCAAAAAGAAAAUCAGACGGAACGUUCAUUAUUUUGAUUCUAUAUUUCUCCCAACACAUCGUUAAUUUUAUUUUACGCAGAAUUUUUUUUAAAUUGUGUUUGGUUAGUGCAUGCACUCCACCAAAUGUGUGGUUGGUUCAUAUUGGCUCAACAUCACAUUAUGACAAAUAUGAAAAUUUUAAAGGGAAACUCCAAGUACCUUAACUGCCACAGCCUGGCACCCUUCCAUUGUAAGUAGUUAUAUUAUUUUAAAACAGUUUGAAAACGGAUCUAGGUCACCAUGCGCUGCUCCCUGCCUCUUCUUCAGACAGAAGCUCCAGCAGUGACCUAUACCUGACUAUGCAGGCUUAUAUUUCAGUCAAAAUAGAAAUGCUGUGCUUUUUGUUUACUAGCACAGUUAAUUUAAUAGCAAACAAUUUCAACAGUUUUCUUAAAGUUAAUCAGAAGAGCUAUUGUGCUCUGAAUGGUGUUAUGGACAUAUUGCUUAACUUAUGGUUGAAAUGGGUUUAGCCAUCUGAUAAUGAUACUAACGUAAACUUUUUAUCACUAUAUCUGUAGGUUCAAAUAGAAAAAGUGGUGGCAAAACAGAUGGAGAUUUUCCGUAACUCAGGGUAUGAGAGGCUACAAUAUCCAGAAAGGUGUUUUUCUACCGGGCCUUACAGACAAAAUUCAGAGGAGAGUAGCCCUACAGCCAUGGCAUCAGAUAGUUCUGACGGUCAAGGUAAGGUAAAUAUUAACUGGCCUCUAUAAGAUGUAGCUCUAAAAUCAAAGCCUUGGUCUGAGCAACUACAUUCAUCUACAUUCUAGUACACAUAAUUAUUGUUUCACUGACGUGUAACUGUUAAUGAUAUAUUACCAACAGUGACAAAUUUUGAUUGCAUAAUGAAAAAAACAAGCAUACAACACAACAGCAAAAAAAUACAAAUUGGUAAAAACGAUACAAUGAGUGGCUCUUCCAAUUCCUUCUUAAAUAGUCUUAUUUAAUCAAAUGAAAACAAAAGAAAAAUGUAUAGCAUUUGUAAAUACUCCCAAUACUUUGUAUAUAUCUGAAACAAAAAAGUUAAAAUGAAAAUACUUGAAAGGGGCCUCAGGGUAUUUGUUGACUAGCAUUCUUUACUGUUUUAUGUAGAUGGUGCAUACAAAUAGCACAAAAAGAUGUGAUGUAUGGGUAAUAUUACCCAUAGCCCAGUAGAUGGUAUCUCCUGGUCCUUAGUGCAAUAGGGUCAGAGGGACCCAUAAACCUCCAUUCUCCUUGUCAGUAAUAGACAGAGAAUGCGUUUACAAUACCCAUCUCCAAAUUCCCAAGUCCGUUGCCUCUAAUCCAAAGAGGAAGCUGUCCACGUAGUGAGAGUAUAUUUGUGUCUGAAUUCCGUAAUGUGUAUUUUUAUCUCCUCUUAAAAAUCCUAAAGAUCAUUGAGGUGUGAUGGAAGCUUGUUGUGUGGUAGGAUAGGAACACUCCAUGCACCAUAACAGCUUUGUCAAAAUGAUGUUCUUAUAGGGCCAAGUUCUUAUGGUGCUUACUUAUCUAUAGGGUUUAAACCCUAAGUUGGCUCUGUAACCGUCCACAUCCGCUUUCUCUAAUUCUGAUUAGGGAUCGACCGAUAUUGGUAAAUUAGAGCCGAUACCGAUAAUCUGUGAACUUUCAGGCCAAUAGCCGAUAACUUGACGUAAAUGCACAAAAUAUACAUGCCACAUGUAGUGGAUGCAGUGUGUUUAGACAGGGGAGCUGUGUGUUUGUGUGUAGUGGAUGCAGUGUGUGUUUGUGUAGUGGGUAUAUAAUGAAUGCAGGGUGUGUUUGUGUAGUGUGUAUAGUGAAUGCAGUGAGUGUUUGUGUAGUGUGUGUGUGUAUAGUGAAAGUAGUGUGCAUAAAGUGAAUGCAGUGUGUGUAUAGUGAAUGCACUGUGCGUAAAGUGAAUGCAGUGAGUGUAUAGUGUGUGUAUAGUGAAUGUAGUGUGUAGUGUGCAUAAAGUGAAUGCAGUGUGUGUAUAGUGAAUGCACUGUGCGUAAAGUGAAUGCAGUGUGUUUGUGUAGUGUGUGUGAAUAUAAUGAAUGCAGAGUGUGUGUGUUUGUGUAGUGUGUGUGUAUAUAAUGAAUGCAGAGUGUGUGUGUUUGUGUAGUGCGUGUAUAUAAUGAAUGCAGUGUUUGUGUAGUGUGUGUGUAUAUAAUUAAUGCAGAGUGUGUGUUUGUGUAGUGUGUGUGUAUAUAAUGCAGUGUGUGUGUGUGUGUGUGUGUGUAUAUAAUGAAUGCAGAGUGUCUGUAGUGUGUGUUUGUGUAGUGUGUAUAUAAUGAAUGCAGUGUGUGUGUUUGUAUAAUGUGUGUAUAUAAUGAAUGCAGUGUGUUUGUAUAGUGUGUGUGUGUGUGUGUGUGUGUGUGUUUGUGAAGGGAUGUAAUUUGUGUAAAAUGGUCAGGAAGGGGGGCAUUUUUUAUUUAAAUUUUAUUUUUAAUAAUGUUUUAUUUAAUUUUUUUAUUCCCCCCUCCCUGCUUGUUACCUGGCCAGGGAGGGGGUGCUAUGGCAUUUCCUGGUGGUCCAGUGGCAUGUACUGAGCAUUGUGGUGGGCCCACAGCAAAUGCAGAGUGUGUUUGUGUUGUGUGUGUAUAGUGAAUGCAGAGUGUGUUUGUGUUGUGUGUGUGUGUAUAGUGAAUGCAGAGUGUGUUUGUGUUGUGUGUGUGUAUAGUGAAUACAGAGUGUGUUUGUGUUGUGUGUAUAGUGCGUGUAGUGUGUAUAGUGAAUGCAGAGUGUGUGUGUUUGUGUAGUGUGUAUAGUGAAUGCAGUGAGUGUUUGUGUAGUGUGUAUAGUGAAUGCAGAGUGUGUGUAUGUUUGUGUAGUGUUUGUGUGUGUGUGUGUGUUUCUGUAGGUUUGUCAUUUGUGUAAAAUUGGGGGGGGGGGGGGGUUUAAUAUUAAAUUUAAAAAAAAAAUUUUAGUCCCGCCUCCCUGCUUUUUACCUGGCCAGGGAGGAGGGAUAUAGCAUUCCCUGGUGGCAUGGAUUGUGCAGAGGGACUUCUGAAGCCACAAGCUUCUGUCUUACCACAGACUGCAGUCUACAGGGCUGUGGAACCUCUAUCACCCAAUGCCCAGGACAUACAGCUCCGGGUGUCACACUGUUUCUUCUUGUCCUUUAUCCCUGCUGUGUGCAAGCAGUAGGGCUCCUACAUGGGUUGCUGGAGGGCACUGAAUGCUGGAAACCAAUACAGCGUGGCAUGCAGAUUAUAACAGAAGGAGGACAGGUUUAGGGUUGCAUUCAGUCAACACACACCACACAAACUGCAUACAGCCAGCAAGCUUACUUACCUUUCCAUCAGCUUCCUCCAGCUCCCCAGUGUAAAUCUCGCGGCCAGCGUGCCGCGGUAACCAGUGGCAACACUCUGACGCCCGCGGGACUUGCGAGAUUUACACUGGGGAGCUGAAGGAAGCUGCUGGGAAAUGGGCCCGGUGGUCCUGGUAUGUAUUAUCGGCGAUAUCGGUAUCUAUAUUGGCCGAUUCCGAUACUCACGAAAAUACAGAAUAUCGGCCGAUAAUAUCGGUAAAACCGGUAAUCGGUUGAUCCCUAAAUCUGAUUCAGGAAACGCUGUCAGUCAGUAGCUUUAUGGAAUUCCAUGACAAAAGAGGGCUUUAUAAACCCCUUUAAGAUGUUAGGGCCUGCUAUGCCAUCCCACGAAAUGAGGGCUUAAACACCAUUAUGGCAUAGCACGCCAUAGCGAUUUGGCCCUCACUCAGGAAGCAAUACAUAUCCUCCAUGACAGUCGCGAUCAGGGGACCUGCUUGACCUUGGAGUGCCACAUUGUCUCAAUGACAACCUAGAUCCAGCAAACCAAUCUGGCAAAUUUCAGUGUGUAAAAACUGAAAUGGCCAAGCUCUUUAUUUGACCCUGUAACUUUUCAAAACCCCAUCCCAUGAAACCUGUACAUAGUUGGCAUGGUUGUGCUUGUGGAACAUCACAAUGUACAAAUAUGUGUAUUUUAUUGCAGUAAAUGCUAACAUUAUUAUGACAUUAAUAGUUAAAAUACCAUGCAGAAAAAUUACAACAUGUACUAAUAUUGUGUUCCAAUAUAUAUAUUUGAUAGGAAAUUAAAGCCCUAUUUCUCCUGAACAAAAUGAUAUAUAUAUAAUGUAUAUAAGUGUGAGUGCACUUGGAUGAGCAGAUUGUAGAUAGCCACUUAAAGACCUGACAAUUAUCUCCUACCACUCCCAACCAAGUAGUCUGUGAGGUAUCUAAUAUGUGGGUACACUUAAUGUGAAAGAGGUACAUUAUGGUUGAGCAGACAUAUAGCUCAAAUUCUAGGUUUUGUUUUGGUUCAGAACUUGGACAAUUGCCUCCGUCCUGAAAGGGUUAAUAGAUAGUUACUUGCAGAAAAAAUAUUUAUUUUAAAGGAUCAUUAAAUUCACCAGCUAGUAAGAAUGGAUUCCGAAUAUUUUCCCUUAAUGGAACACUACAAAACUGUAUUCCUAACAGUAUAUUGGGCCUCUGCUCCUGCAGCAAUCAAAGGAUGAGAAACCCUUUUUGGCUAGUUAACUGACUCCAGUACAUUUUUGAGAAACAUGGUUAUGGAAUCUGAAUAAUGACUGGUUACUUGUUUUCCAGUUGAAAGGCCACUGAAUCUCAGAAUGUCAAACCAUCAGAGCCGACAGCUACAGCAGGUGAUGACGGAUGGAGAACACUUAGGAAAGCAACUGUGCAAUGAACUUAGCAGACUUUAUUCCUGCAGUGACGCCAACUCUCAGUCCUCAGGUGAGACAGCACAACUGAUGCCUACAAAGAUUUACAUUAUGGACCCAUUCAUCACAUUCAGAGUUGGACGGAGAAACUCUUAAACAUAAAGGUUCUCAUGCGUCGUAAUUGUUGAAUAGUCACAAAAACAUUUUAUCCAUUAAUUAUACACCCAAUUCUAUAAAUAUACAAUAGCUCUAAUGGCAUAUUUUAUCACAUUCACUGCGCAGAACUGGAUUGGAAUCAUCACACGCUAAUUUUUUUAUUCUGUAGUACAGGGUAAUUAACACUACACCAAGACUGUGAAACCUACUGAUGCAAAAAACAUGUUCCAGUUAUUUUGUAAAUUGCACCUUUGUGAUUGCUCCAUUGACUGCUAAAAUAACUAAUUUAGCCCUUGUUAUAAUUUUUUUUUUGCUAAGUAUUCCUAUUUCUUGUUGCCUGCAGAUAGUCUUGGAAUGCUCAAAGAUUACUCACAAACAGCCUUAAACACAGACAGAAAAAUUAUCAAACUGGAGCCAGAAGAUGCAAGAUAGCUGGCAAGACAAUCCAGUAACCUCCCCGGGAGUUUACCACCGUGACAAGCAAGCCUUAAACUCUCACCAGUGUUGCCUCAUCAAUAUAUUCAAUACCCUGUUCAAAGCCAAAGCUCACAGACUGAUACCAUUGGUAAUAAGAGAAGCAGGACUGCUAACACAAUCUAUGGGACACAUUCCUUGCAAUGCCUUUUACAAUAAGGCACAGCUCACAAAUUAAUACAGUGGGCUUCCAAUAUUUAAGAAUGUAAAAUUUUAUUAUUUUUUCUUAUUAUUUUUAUUUUCUAUAAGUUAUAAAACAGCAUAGAUAUUAGAACAUGUAUUCAAUUUAAUAGAUGUGAAUACAGUUCAUUUUACUUGAAAUUUCAGUGUCUGUCGUAUUUUACACAUUAAUAGUACUUAUGCUAGGGUUAAGACAUAUCCUAGGGAUAACAAGAAAGAAAAUUUGACUGGCACAAUAAUAAGCUGGCAAUAAGACUAUACUGAAUGAAUAUCUGUUUGGAAGUGGAAGGUUUACGUGAAUGAUAUAUGUAUAUGUCAAAAGCAGAGUAUAUGUAAUAUAUAAUAUUAGUAUAAUCAGUACUGUGAAAGUCUUAAUGUCUUCUUGCAACCCACUGUACGAAGUUUGGGAGUCUCUAGAUUGAUAUCAAAAAAAUAAUUCACAAGCAUUUAACUAAAUAUUUUACCCAGAAGCCUUUGCUGCCGGUGCCUGCAGCUCAAAUAUUUUAUUAUGGAGAUAUACGGGGUAUACUCCUUUAAGGAUUUAUCUCUGGUAAAUAGUCUGCAUUGCCAUGUAUGUAAUCUGUCUCUAUUUUGUUUACUUUGAUUCAAUGUGCAUUUCGUGAGAUAUGUGGUUUGAAGCAUUAUUACACCAACAUUGCCAGUUUUCAUCUAAAUCUAUCUCAGUGGUUCGUGAGAAGAGUAUAUACACAAUAUAUAUAUAUAUCUGUGUUUGGUUUAUUGAGUUAAUAUCUGCUGUAUGCAACUGUAAAUGAAUUGUAUUGAUAUUUAUAACAAAGGAAAUUGAGAAAUUAUUAUUUUAACUCAGAAUCUUGAAUGGAAGCUCUGGAAGAAAGUGAAUGCUGUAUAUGAAAUUCUGUGCUGAAGUUUUGAAUUAGUCAUACCUCUAUCUUCCCAUGCUAACAAUUGUUAAUGAACCCAAGGCCUGAUACUAGGCAUUGGGGUCCUAUAUUUGCAUAUACAAAUGCAUUUUUAUUACACUGCCAUUUUACCUUUAAGCACCAUGGGUAAGUACAGGUCCAGAAAUUAUUAUUGCACAUUGUUCAAAAUUUGGAUUAUAGGCUUAAUUUCCCCACUUUUUUAUUUUGAAAAUAUAAUAAAACUUUAGAGGGAAAUCGUGCACGAAUAAUGCAUUUGCAGAUUUCAACAGCAGAACAGUAAGAAAUAAGUAAUGAAAGUGCAAUUUUACUUUUUAUGAAGACACCAUUUUGUGGAAGGUAUAGCACUUUUAUGAGUAAUGUUAUUACGACAAGGAACAUGUGUGGCAUGUGAACUGCUACAAGACAAAAUGGCUACUGACAGAACCAUUAUUUUACAGAUAUGAUCUGUAUAUUGUAAUUGCACAUAACAAAAAGAACUGCUGGCAAGGGAAGCUAUGUGUGCUUAAGGUUAGACUGGUCUAAUGUAAUUAUGAGUGUGGUUUCUUUUCAAGGCUUUUGGCUAUGAAUAAAGCCAGAAUGGGAGCAAUCACUUAAAUUCAAGAAUCAGAACUUUAGUAUAUGUGUAGAACCUAAUAUAAAAUAAAUAUUGCUAGUCUUAGGGGUUUACUCACAAGUGAAAUUCCAAAAUAUAUGCACAAAUAGCCGAUUUGGAAAUUAGGUAGAUGAUAGUAGUUUAAGUAUUUUAACCCUUUACUUUGCAAUACCGUUUUCAGUACACUCAAAUUCAGUGAUAGCGAAUAAACCUCACGAUUGUUUAAAAACCAUGUAUAAUGUGCCCAUAGGUAAUUAUCUCGUAUAUCUUCCCUGCUGGAUAUCAUAGCUCUGUAAAAUGUUAAACCACACUUAAGUCUGAAAGUGGGUGGCUACAUGAAUGCAUAACCAAUCAAUAUUUCCAAAAUGCUAUUGAAUCUCACCUAUUACAGCACUUGCUCGUUCCCAGUUUUGUGAAAUAUUAGAAUAAGUAAAUAGUCUGUAGUCUUUUUUCUGUCUGCCAUUUAUAGAGCAGUAGUCAUGCUUUCACUGUACAGAAAAUGUGAGAUGUUUUGUCUGCACUGUAGUCUCAAAUCACUGUAACCCUGUGCAAGCGUUCCGUUUUCCAUUGAAUUUGUAAAACCACACGGAAAUAUUGUGCUUCUAGUCUUAGCUUUAUAUUUUAUACAAAAACAAUGUGUAUUAAAAAAGAAAAGCUUAAUUGUACAAUUUGAUUGCAUGUUCGUAACUUGUGUUUGUAAAAUUAUGUCAAUGGUACUCAGUUUGUUGUCUUACGUCAUUUGUGCAAAAUCAGGUUAGCCCUUGCAGGUACAUUAUAACUGUUCUUUUCGACAAAGCACAUAUUCUAAUUACUUAACUCCUGUCAUAUCUGCAACAUUUGCCUUUUGCUCAUGAGGUAAAUACUAUUUACUCCCCCCCUCCCCCCACUAAUGUGGCUUAUGGAAUACGUGCUGCAAAGUUUAAAAUUGUGUGGUGGCUUGCAGUAUAUUGAAACCGUUUUAUUGAAAAUAUUUCAAGACAUCAAUUGACUUGUAAUAGGAAGGACUAUGCACAAAAUUAUAAUAAAUUGAGUUUACUUUUGUUCUUUUUUGUAUUGAUGUCAGGAGGCAGCCAUUUUAUAUUUAUGAUACAACACCGAAACUUUAAAAGGAGUUGCAAACACAAUUUCUUCUUUUACAAAAAUAAUGCAAAUAUUUUUUUUAAUGACCAAAAAUAGUAAUGCCCUGGCCCUCUAUGGUGAUCCAGCUUCUUUACAAAGUUUAAAAAGUUGAUUAAAAAAAAAUAAUUAUUUGCCCUGUUCUUCAAGACAGGUUAGGCCUUUUAAUGAAUAGUCAUAAACAUCAGUUUGGUAGGUUAACUAAGUAAUGGUAUGGCCAGGAAGAAGAUGUGUGCUGAAGCAAUGACUUUGCUGUUGAAAUCUUUAGAUUUCAUAGCAACACACAUUUCCUAAGCACAAUGUAAACAGAAUUUAAAGGUGUUUUUGUUUAUUUUGUGAGAGAUGUUUCAACCAGGAUACUUUUGGAAUUUGUAAACCAUUUAAAUUCUUUUAGCAUUGCAGCUACAGAUACAGUUUACUGGGAGCACUUAACAAGACGCUACAAAUGUGCAUUUUAUUUAUUUGUUUACAUUAUUAAUUUACUCCUUAUUUGGGGUUUUGGAAGGGAGAAAAUAGUUACUCCCCUCUUCCUGCCUCUUCAUUGCCGUUGACAGACAGGGCAGGCAGAGGAGGCUGACAAUUAAUUGAUCACAGUAGCAUUUAAUCUAGGCUCCUCUCUGGCUGAUAAUGAAUACAUCUCCGUUGAUGCACUCUUGGUUUAGUGCUUCUGUGUAUCUUUGGACAUUUACUGAGGUGGAGUAUAUAUUUGAAAAUUGUAAAUAUAUGUGGUUGGGUAACUCCCACAGUAUUAUUUGAAAGGUACAAUAAUGCUAUGCUCAGCUGUCCUUCUUCCAAAAAGAAAUAUGAUACAAAUUCAGUGUUUUGUUACCAGCAUACAAUGUGAUGUUUUUGUUAAUCAUGUGCUUAAGUCUCAGAAAGCUUAAAAAGCUCACAGGGGUUACACGUGCUCUUGAAUAUUAUAUAAUCCAUAUUUUAAUAUCAUUAGGACCUGUCUUGUCUUCUGAACACUUUGUACUGCUGGAUAGUACACAGUCCAUUAAGUCGAUCUUUCGUGGAAGUAAUUGCCUAAAAUAACUAUAUCGGGAGAAUGAGCCAUUCAAAAAUGACAAUAUAAAUUAAUUUGUAUAACUGAAAUAUAUUUAUGAAGUCAAUCUCUCCAGCUGUUUGUGAACUAAAACCCAGAGUGAUCAUACUUUGGAAUAGGCUAACCCUGCGAUGUUAUAAAAUUGCAAAGAUUUAUUGCAAUGCGAAGAAAUGGUUCUGGGUGUCCUUAUACAACAUCUAACUUGUUAGAAGAGGUAUCCUUAAUUGUGAUAUAUAUAUAUAUAUA